AUGCCUCCCAAACGCAAAGCCGAAGCUGUUGCCCCUGCCGCAUCCUCCUUCGCCAAUGGCGUCACACCGCACCGCGUAGGUCACUGGCUCAUGAAGGCGGAACCAGACACCCGCCUCGAACGCGGACAAGACGUCGCCUUCUCCAUCGACCACUUUGCCGAAUGCAAGGUCACCAAAUGGGACGGCGUACGCAACCCAGAAGCACGCACCAUCAUGAAAGACAAGAUGGCGUUCGGCGACCCCGUGCUCUUCUACCACUCGAACACCAAGAUCCCCGGUGUAGCGGGCUUGGCGAGGAUCUGCUCGAAACAGAGCUACCCGGACCCAUCGGCGUUCGACGCGCAGCACCCGUACUACGACCCCAAGAGCAACCCGGAACAGCCCAAGUGGUGGCUGGUGGAUGUCGAGUUUGUCGAGAAGCUUGACCGACUGGUGCCGCUCGGGCUGCUUCAGAAGAUCGCGGGCAAGGGUGCGGACGGGAAAGCAUUGACCAAGGACGAGCGCAAGGACGUGGGGUACUUGACAGAGGCACAGUUGCAGGCGAUCAAGGAUAUGGCGCUGCUGAACAGGGGCCGGUUGAGUGUCCAGCCCGUCACAGAGGAAGCAUACGAAGCGGUGGUUGCGCUCAGCAGGAAAGGUGGCUGGGACGGCUGGCCGGGCAAGUGGAAUCCCAAGGCGGCUUCAUCAGCGCCCGGUGGUCGAAAGAAGCCAGCGGAACCAGUCGAGACUGGCAAGGCCGACGAGAGCCAGUCCGAGCCACCCAAGAAGAAGGCAGCUUCAGCUGCGAAGGCCAGCAGCAAAGCACCCGCGGCAAAGAGAGCAAAGGUCCAAGCAAGCCCGGCUGCGGAAGGCGUGCGUCGAUCGUCUCGCCGCCGUAGCGCAGCAUAG